AUGCGACUAUACAAGAAUAUAACAAUUGAUACAAACUUCAACAUAUUUGACACUGAGUUCCCCACAGUUGAUCAAACUUAUAUCAAUAGUGCUUUCAAUUUGAAAAAGUUUCUUAAUACUUUCAAUAAACAAAGUCAAGCGCCAGUUGUCAGGUCAUUCAAGUGUUUACAUAUGCCCGAUUCGGUGAAUAUGUACACCAAUGACAUUAAUGACUCGUUGAUGCUAUUUUUCCAAAAAUUGAACCACUUGAGUUGUUUAAUUUGGACAAGUGAAAACUUCCGAUUAGAGUUUUUGUCGAGGUUACCUAGAAAGGAGAGGAUGAAUAAGUUAAUCUUGAAUCUCAAGUUUACCAAUUAUUUACACGAACUAGGUUACAGACACGAUCACACCAGUAACGAGAUGUAUGUUGUUGAUUAUUAUGAGUAUUUUAAUUUUCCCAAUAUUACCAAUUUUCAAGUAACUCCAUUCCAGAACUCGGCAAAAAUAUUGAGGUUGGUAAAUAAUCUCUUGAUCAAUGUUAACGAUCCUGCAAAGGUUAGUAAAAAUCUCAAUGCAUUGGCAUUCUCGGGUCUGAAUUGUAGACCUAAUUUUAUUGAUUUGGAACAGAGAAACUCGGACUAUGGUUUAGAAAUAGAAACUUUGUUUGUUAAAAGCAAGUUGCAGUAUUUGCCCAAUAUGACAAGUUUAUCGCUUAUGGAUAUGCCAUUUACAGCAAAUGAUGGUAAUAUAUUGAUACGCUCGGUGAAUUUGUCCAAUUUAAAAUUCCUACAAAUCAGAAGAAUCGUUAGGAAUAUUGACAACUGGAAUGAUAAUGGUAGACAAAGAGGAACAAUAAUUGAAACAAUAGCUCCCUACUUGACCAAUUUACAGGAACUAUCGCUCAAUAUACCAGUUCGAAUUGAUAUCCUUAAAACUGUAUGUAAAACUAUCCCACCUUUGAAGGCACUAGAUCUAACGAUCUAUACAAGGGAUUACGAAAAUACCAAUAGCAACAACAACAACAACAACAACAACAAUAAUAAUAAUAAUAAUGGGGGCAUUGAUGGGGAAAUGUACUUACCAAUAAGUGUUAUAGAAAUCAUUGCAAGCCAUCAUAAAACCACCCUCAGAAAACUAUCCCUAGACGUAGUCCUGGGUAAUGUUUAUAAUGGAAAUGGCAAUUAUCAUGAUUUUGGCAUACAUGAGUACUACAAAAUGUUAGCGUGCUUAGAUCUAACUAGUUUAAGAAUUGAAAGUUUCCCAACAAAAAACAAGUAUGAUGAUGAUUAUUUUGAGAGUAAAGAAUACUUGGGUGAAUUAUUAAGGACACAAAAAAAUCUAAAGUACUUGGAAAUCAUUGGCAAUGAAGCAGGUGGAGCACCUAAUUUAGGUUUAGGGAUGGUUCAUCCUACUGUAUUCGAUAAAUGGCUCAAAGUCCAACAUGUUGCAUUAUACUACCUCAAUUUCAAUCCCAGGAUAAAAUAUAUCGGGAUUAAACAAGAAUGUUUGUUUUUAAAUAGUAGUAGCAGUAGCCCAUCGAGUGAUAAGCUGCUGGGAUUGACAGUGACUCCGGCAAAUGAUAGGUUGCGUGAUUGGUUUACGCUGAAGAUUAGAUGUGAAAUGCCAAACUCUUUGUAG